AGCAUUAAGACGUUCAUUUUGUGCUCGGCAUACCGAGUAUUUCGAGGGUGUACUUUGAGAGAACGUGAGUCGCAUAAGCCACCAUGGCGACACUCAACCAUACCUCUCUGAAAUUCCCCUUGAAUACCGGGGCGGAAAUACCGGCCGUUGGAUUAGGAACCUGGAAAUCACCACCCGACCAAGUCCGCAAGGCCGUCUGCCAUGCAAUCCAGAAAGGGUACCGACACAUCGACACUGCUUUGAACUAUCAAAAUGAGGUCGAGGUUGGCCAAGGUAUUCGAGAUUCGGGAGUCUCUCGAGACCAACUUUGGGUCACGACUAAGCUUGACAAUCCGUGGCAUCACAGGGUCCGUGAAGGCUUUGACAAGUCUCUGAGUGACCUUGGCAUUGGGUACAUCGACCUGUAUCUGGUGCACUUCCCUUGCUCAACUGAUCCCAACGACCCUUCGAAGCAUUUGCCGGACUGGGAUUUCGUCAAGACAUGGCAAGAAAUGCAAAAGUUAUUGGAUACCGGCAAGGUCAAGAACAUUGGCGUAUCCAAUUUUCAAAUCCGGGACCUGGAAAAACUUCUCAACGAUCCAUCUUGUAAGAUUGUUCCUGCGGUGAACCAGAUCGAGCUACAUCCAGCAAAUCCAUCGCCCAAACUGCUGGAAUACUGCAAAGGGAAGGGAAUACACUGUACGGCUUAUUCCUGUCUUGGAGGUGCAACAGAUAAUCCAUUGUUCAAAGAACCUGUCGUGUCCCAAAUAGGGCAUGCUAAGAAGAAGACAUCCGCUCAGAUCCUUCUCAUGUGGAGCCUCCAAAGAGGCACCAGCAUUAUUCCGAAGAGCGUGACCCCCUCUAGAAUUGAAGAGAAUUUCGACUUGGAUGGCUGGGAGCUGACCAAGGACGAAAUGGAAGCUUUGAACGGCAUUAAAACCCGAUUCAAGGUUGUCAAUGAUGCCUGGAUGCCGAUCAAGGUGUUCUUUGGAGACGACGAGUAAAUGUCUUUGAUUCUGUCGAGACGCUCAGCGCAGCAAUGCUCGAGUAGCCAGGACGAGACGUGUCGCCCAUAGCAAUUGGUGAGUGAGGGUUCCGGCCGUCAGCUAUGGAGACUGCAUGACUGAAACGCGUCGCAAGUGUACGAGAAGGCUUUCGCAUGGUGAGCGAUUGAGCCUGCAAAGAUAUCAACCGCCAUUACGCGUGCUGCCUGCAUUGACUUGAUCAUGGUGGUCGAAUGUCGUGUCUGGGGCCUUCGAGGACAAGUUCUACGGCGGACCAAGGAAAGAAGUUGUACGGCGGAUCAAGGCGUCACCUAUGCGCAUCUAUCCCACCACGUCGCCAUCUAAUGAACUGUCUUGACCGCCAGUGCCACCUCAACUCUUCUCACUUUUCUUGUCUUACCAUCUCUGACCCCCAUGCUGCUAUUCUCUACUGUGAUUGAAGCCCUCACGAAGGCUUUUAUCUUCCAGCAGAGAACUUGACUGGUGGUUCAAGUCGAGUAUUCACCUUCGUUGCAUGCUUGAGCAACUCUUUCGCGACUUCGUCAUGAC